AAGAAGUUGGCAAUUCUUAAACCCUAAACCCUGGAGCAAACAAUUUUUCCAAAUUCAAAAAAUGCAUUUCGCCUCUAUUUUUCUCCACACUCAUUCCAAAUCACUCCGCCACAGACUCACAUUUCUCCGCCGCAUGGGCGGCGGCCCUCGGACGUUUCCCGGCGGGAUCAACAAGUGGCAGUGGAAGCGCUUGCACGAGAAGAAAGCCCGAGAGAAAGAGAAACGUCUUCUCGAACAAGAAAAGCAACUCUAUCAGGCUAGAGUUCGCUCCGAAAUCCGGGCCAAAGUCGCCGCUGCUGAAAACCCUGGUUUCGCCCCUGAAAAACCCCGUCAAAACCAGCCCAAUUACGGCCCCAUGACUCCCGAGGAGCACAUCAAGGCUCUAGCUGAUCGCUUUAUGAAGGAAGGCGCAGAGGAUUUAUGGAACGAGAACGAUGGCCCCUUGACAGUUCCGGUCAAUAAGACGGGGAAAAGCAGAUUCUUAGGCGACCCUAUUAAUUUGCAGAAAUUGAUUGCGGAGAGGUCGAUCUCUAAUGGCGGUGAGAAGAUUCAAAAGAGCCAUCUUUUCGGAAAUAUCAGUGUCGGUGUAGCUAAACCUAGGCGGUUUUCUACUUACGCCAGGUGGGGUGAUAAUCUGAUGGGUGGUAUUGGAAAUGAGUAUUUUGGGAAGAUGAAUAAUGGCUUGAAUUUAAUGGGAAAUCCUAAGCUUGGAGGUUUGAUAGGCGUGAGCAAUUUGUUGAAUUCGAAUUGUUACUAUUCUGUAGAUGCUGCGCGUGCGAAGAGUAAGAGGUUGAAUUUUGUAAGAAAUAGUGAAAAGUCUGUAGUUAAAGAUGGCUUGGAUCCUAAAAGGUCGAAGUGGCCUAGGUUUCGAGGAAGGGGAGUGAAUUCGGAUGAUGAUGACAGUGAUGACUAUGAUGAUGAUGAUGUCGAUAUGGGAAGUGCCAAGAAGGUUUUGAGCAGUAGUGCGGCAUUGGGGAAGUAUGAUAUGAAGAGAACAAAACGUGUGCAGUUGGAACAAUUGGAAGGUGAGAUUGAUUUAUCGCAGGAGGUUGAGAAGAUUAGAGAGGAGAUCAGACAGCGGAAUAGCAUGCAGCAUGAGGGAAAAGAUGAAGAGGAAUCACUACUAAGUACAAAAAGGUUCGACGAGUGUGAUGUGUCUCCCUUGACUGUCAAAGCACUUACUGAGGCUGGUUAUGUGCAGAUGACCACGGUGCAAGAGGCGACCCUCUCUGCCUGCCUUGAAGGUAAGGAUGCUUUAGUCAAAGCUAGGGCUGGCACAGGCAAGAGUAUUGCUUUUUUGCUUCCUGCUAUUGAAACAGUUCUGAAGGCAUCAAGUAAGAGCACUAAUCAGCGGGUGCCACCUAUAUAUGUUCUUAUUAUUUGCCCUGCUAGAGAACUUGCAAGUCAAAUAGCUGCUGAAGCAAAUGUACUCCUAAAACACCACAGUGGCAUAGGUGUGCUAACUUUAGUUGGAGGGACACGCUUUAAAGAUGAUCAGAGACGCCUAGAAUCAGAUCCAUGCCAUAUACUCGUUGCAACUCCUGGUAGAUUGCUGGAUCACAUCGAGAACAAGUCUGCCAUCUCAGUGCGCUUGAUGGGACUGCAGAUGCUUGUACUUGAUGAAGCGGACCGCUUGCUUGACCUGGGGUUUCGUAAGGAUAUGGAGAAAAUAGUUGAUUGUUUGCCUCGCAAGAAGCAGUCAUUACUCUUUUCGGCUACAGUCCCUAAGGAGGUCCGUCGAAUAUCUCAGCUUGUUCUGAAAAGGGAACAUGCUUAUAUAAAUACCCUGGGGCUUGAAUCUGUGGAGACAAAUGCAAAGGUUAAGCAAUUUUAUCAUGUUGCACACCAUGACCAGCAUAUACAGAUAGUACACCAUCUGUUGAAAAGCCAUAUAUCUCAAGUGCCUGAGUACAAGGUUAUUGUUUUCUGUGCAACUGCAAUGAUGACAUCACUCAUGUUCUCCCUUUUGCGGGAGAUGAAAUUGAAUGCCAGAGAGCUGCACUCCAGAAAGCCUCCACUCUAUCGUGCUCGGGUCUCUGAAGAAUUCAAGGAAGCAAAACAAGCCAUUCUGGUUACUUCUGAUGUCUCUGCAAGAGGGUUGAACUAUCCUGAUGUUACGCUAGUCAUUCAGGUUGGCAUUCCCCCAGAUCGAGGGCAAUAUAUUCAUAGACUCGGAAGAACAGGGCGGCAAGGGAAAGAUGGUGAAGGAUGCCUAUUGCUUGCGCCAUGGGAACAAUACUUCUUGGAUGAUAUAAAGGAUCUUCCUCUCGAGAAACUCCCUUCACCAGAACUAGAUCCUGAUGUGAUGCAGAAGAUACAAGAGAAAAUGGACAGGAUUGACACUAGUAUCAAAGAAGCUGCUUAUCAUGCCUGGCUCGGUUAUUACAACUCGAUAAACGCCAUUGGAAGGGACAAAACAACAUUGGUGGAGUUGGCCAACCAAUUUGCCGCAUCCAUCGGUCUACAGAAGCCACCUGCGCUCUUCCGUAAAACUGCAGUGAAGAUGGGGUUGAAAGGCAUCCCUGGCAUUCAACUACGAAACUAGUUCCUUCAACCUUGUAUAUAAUGUUGUCUCUGCAUUGCGAGGAGUAUUGAGUCAAAUCAGGAUGAAGAGUGAAGAGCACACGAAAUUCUCGUCAAAAUCAAUGAUAAUAGUUGAUGAAAGUGAAGUUGAAAGCGACCUUUAUCUGAAAUUUAUUAUUGUCUUGAAACAAAGAAAAGUGACGUCGCUGCAUGGAUUUCCAUCAAACUUGAAUUAUAUAUUCACCUAAACCGGCCAUCAUAUAAUUAAUAGGCCAGAUCAUAUUUAUGUGUUUAUAUUUUUUUAGAUAAUUUUUUUAAGUGCUUGUCUGCUUCCAUAA